AGUGGUCCCUGAAGGUGUUCAGAAGUUGGUGCCGAUUAAAGAAGAAGAUCCUGAAGAACAGGGGUCUUACGUGGACCACCAGAACCGAGAACAUCUCCACAUAAAAGAGGAAGAUGAAGAACUUUGGACCAGUCUGGGAGAGGAGCAGCUCAAUGUGAAAGAGGAGACUGAUGACACCAUCUUUUCAUUCACUUAUUUUCCUUUGAAGGGUGAGGAAGAUAAACCUGAGUUCUUACAGCUUCAUCAACAAUUUGAUGUCAGAGAUCUUCCAACCAGCAGCUUAGCUGACAACCUGGAAUCAGCAACUGGUGGAGAGUCCUGUGGAGGAGCAGAAACUACCAGAAACCCAGAUCUGAGUACUCAUGAAGAUGAUUCUGACUCAUCGGAAACUGAAGUCAGUGAGGAUUAUGAAGAGGAUAAUGAUGUGAYCAAUCCUGACUUUCAUCUGAAACAUGCAGCAGAUUCUGGUUCAAAAACUAAAAWCACUGAUAAAGACUGGGAGUSUCCUCCCAGCAGGACUCCUAAAUCAGGUGUGAAAAGCAACAAAAAUGUACAGAAGCGGUUUUAUUGUGAUCUGUGUGAUCGAAGUUUUUCACGAAAAGACAGUUUAAACGCACACAUGAGAAUCCACACAGGACAGAAACCAUAUUGUUGUGAGAUGUGUGGGCAAUGUUUUACCUUUAAGGGAACUUUAAACGCACACAUGAGAAUCCACACAGGACAGAAGCCAUUUUGUUGUGAGCUGUGUGGGCAACGUUUUACCUUUAAGGGAAGUUUAAACGCACACAUGAGAAUCCACACAGGACAGAAGCCAUUUUCUUGUGAGCUGUGUGGUCAAAAACUUACCACCAAGAACAGUUUAAACACACACCUGAGAUUACACAAAGGAGAGAAGCCAUUUUGUUGUGAGCUGUGUGAUCGAAGAUUUACUACCAAGAGCAGRUUAAAAAAACACAUGAGCACSCACACAGGACAGAAACCAUUUAGUUGUGAGUUGUGUGAGCGAAAGUUUAUACAAAAGGCAGAUUUAAACGCACACAUYAGAAUCCACAGUGGACAGAAGCCAUUUUGUUGUGGUCUGUGUCAUCAAAGGUUUACCGCAAAGGGCAAUUUGAGCGCACACAUGAGAAUCCACACAGGACAGAAA